AUGGCUUUCCUCGCUUUGGCCUUGUUCACGCUGGCCGCAGCGCACAGCGGCACCUGCCCCGCCACCAAGAAGUGUGGAGAGGGAGCGGAGGUCGGGCUGCCGUGCUGCCAGGUGAACUCCACAAAGUUUGAGUGCUGUUCUUCUUCUGAGGCAUGUAUCCCCAAGGUUGGGUGCCGUUGCAAUCUGGAGGCUCAGGCUCCCCUCUACGAGACCUACGACUUCGCGGCUUUCUGCGAGGAGUUUUCUAGAGCCUACGGCGCCGAGGAGAUCGAGAGGCGACGAAGCAUCUUCCAGACCAACCUUGAGAAGAUCAAAGCCCACAACUCGGAGUACCAGGCAGGCCUUCACAGCUGGUACAUGGCGGUCAAUGACUUUGCAGACUGGUCCCAGGAGGAGUUCAAGGGCAUCCGGGCAACUCAGACCCCGCUGCAGGCUGUCACCGUGCAGUUGGGCGCGAAGGCGCAGGCCAAUCCCGAGACCAUGGACUGGCGAAGCAAGGGGGUGGUCACGCCGGUCAAGAAUCAGGGCGGCUGCGGAUCGUGCUGGGCAUUUUCGGCCACUGAGACUGUGGAGUCGCACUUCGCGAUCGCCUCCGGCCAUCUUCUGACCUUGGCGCCUCAGACCUACGUGGACUGCGUGGUGAACACCAAGGAAUGUGGUGGCACCGGUGGGUGCGAAGGGGCCAUCAUGGAAGAGGCCUUCAACUUGACGAUUUCCAAAGGCAUCGCGUUGGAGUCCGAUUUGCCAUACCAAGGGGUGGAUGAAACCUGCAAACCGUACAAAGCGGCUGUGAAAGCUCAGGCUUAUGUGAAGCUUCCUGUCAAUGAUGCCAGCUCUCUUGAGACAGCUUUGGCAACUAAGGGGCCCGUGUCAGUGACAGUGGCCGCAGGUUCUUGGCAACUCUACGGCGGUGGCAUUUUUGACGGUUGCAGCAAGGACUCAGACAACACCUUAGAUCACGGUGUCCAAGCCGUCGGCUAUACAGCAGACAGCUGGAUUGUCCGCAACAGCUGGGGGCCAUCUUGGGGUGAAGAGGGGUACAUUCGCUUGUCAAGAGCCAGCGAUUCCAAGACCUUUCUGGACAAGAAGCCGGCGGAUGGUUCGGCAUGUAAGCCAUACCCCAAAACACAGACCGUCGGUGGUGAGUGCGGAGUUCUCUUCGACACUUCAUACCCAAUAGGCUUGACUGCGGGCGACCAAGAGCUGGUGGUGUGA